AUGGUGCCGAGUGCGCUGACCACCGGGUGGUGGGAUGUCUGGACCACUUUGACGGCAAUUGUACUUGUGUCUAGUUUUUGGGCACCACUUGCAAAUGCUGCUACCCCGACUACGAAUCUGAAGUCUCGGGCUCCUAUUGCUGAUGGCAUUGAUCUGAGAGUUCUUCCCAUAGGAGAUUCCAUCACAUGGGGUGCUCAGAGUUCAGACGAGAAUGGCUACCGCAAGAAGCUCUUUGACAAGCUCGCUGCACGAGGCAACAAUGUGGACUUUGUCGGUGGCAUGAGCACAGGCACAAUGGCUGACAAGAACCACGAGGGCCACCGAGGCUACGUGAUCGACGAGAUCCGCGAAGUCAGCGGUGUCGGCAUCCACGCAGGCGCCAACAUCGUCCUACUCCAUGCCGGAACCAACGACAUGAAGAAUGACAUCAAUCCCGCUGGUGCACCGGAACGUCUCAAGAAGCUGAUUGAUGAGAUUUACGAGUUCUCUCCUGAUACGGUCAUUUUGUUGUGCAACCUCAUCCCGGCAGGUCCUGAUAGGUAUCCUGCCACAGUCCCACGCAUUGACAAGUUCAACGAAGCCAUCCCCGUCAUAGCAACUGAGUACGUCACUGUACGCAAAAAGAAGAUGCUCGUGGUUGGAAUGAACCAUGGGGUUACUCUCAACGACUUGGCUGAUAGUCUUCACCCCAACGACGUUGGCUAUGGGAAAAUGGCUGAGCUGUUCUAUUCUGCCAUUGAAUCCGUGGAUGAGAGAGGCUGGAUCUCCAAGCCGGGCAAGAAGACGCCAGUUCCGGAUUCAACUAGCCCUGAGAACUGCAAGUCGACGCCAUCUUGGUACAACGUGGGUAUGAUCGCCACUGGCGCAAAGGUGGCUGAUUCUGAUGGCCCUUUCGUGCCCGCUUGGAAUAAGCGAGGCGUUGUUGCUGAGGGUAAUUGCCCUCGCGCUCGACUUCACUUCAUGGACCUCGACGGCGAUGGUCUGAAGGAUUAUGCUUGCGUUGAUCCCAAGACAGGAGCGGUCAAGGUGAACAUCAACAUUCCAGACGCAGAUGGCAAAACAUCUGGAAACUGGAAGGUACCUAGAACUGUCGUUAACCCAACAGAGCCUCGAGAUGGAUGGGGUGUUAUGUUUGCUGAUCUGAAUGGCGAUGGUCGAGACGAUUACAUAUGGGUUGACCCUGACACGGGAGACGUUCACGGCUGGAUCAACCGUCUUGAGAAGGAUGGCGUAUGGCAGUGGCAGAGUCUUGGCCGUAUUGCUGGGGGUGUUGGCGCAACUAACGAGACCCUGCAGAUGGUCGACAUUGACGGUGAUGGAAGAGAUGAUUUCCUCAUCGUCAGCAAGAAGACCGGAGAAGUUACGGCCUGGCUAAACACUGGUGGUGAGGCCAUGCCUGACUACCAUAAGAUCGGCAUCAUUGCUACCGGAGCCUCACAGUCAGACGGAGACACCGUCAUCCUCGGAGACUUGACAGGUGAAGGAAGAGCUGACUAUAUGAUGGUUGGCGUCGGUGGUAAGGUCAACGGUCUUAUAAACCGAAGACAGGAAACGAGCAUGGUGCCCCGGUGGUCGCAGAUGUUUAAUGUUGCUGCGGGACCAGAUGGUGCAAAGUCAAAUCAAGUACGUUUGGUUGACAUGACUGGUGACGGUAAGGUUGAUUACUUGCUUGUCGAUGAGAAGACUGGUGAAGUUACGCUGUGGGAGAACCUUGGAACUGGUGGAAAGUGGCAGCCAGGUGAUGGUGUGUUUCUCUGCGAUUUGGACGGCGAUGGUACCAGCGAUUACUUCUGGAUUGACCACACGGGCAAGGGCUAUGGCUACCUCAACGUAGGGAAAGGCGAGAACAAAUGGAAUGAUCUGGGUAUGAUCGCCAAGGGAGAUCAUCCCAGAGAGCAGAUCCACAUGGCUGUUCUAACUACGAGCGGUCGAGCCGACUAUAUCGUUGUUGACCCAGAGAUCGGAAGAUCUGAUUGGUUUGAGAACCUUGGGCCUGAUGGAGGCUGGGGUUGGAAAGCUCGUGGCGAGUUUGCUGCGGGACCCAAGAACACCGUCGAGACCAAGUUCGGGUUCAACUUUAAGGCGAAGAACGUUCGUUUUGCAGACCUGGAUGGUGAUGGUCUUGAUGAUUACCUCUACAUCAGCGACACGGGAGCUGUCAUUAUGUGGAGGCAUCUGGGCACUAAUCCUCCAUCCUGGGGCAUCCCACGCUUAGUAGCCGAUGGGCCAGUUGGUGUCAGCGCGCAAAAUGUUCAGUUUGCCGACACCAAUGGCGACGGCAAACUUGACUAUGUCGUCGUUGGUACUACGACAGGCAUGACGAGAACGUGGCAUCACCUUGGAUUCCGAGACGACGGAUCUAUUCGCUGGAAUACACCUCUCAGUUUCGCUGACGGUGUUGGGUCUAUUGGAUCUGCCAUCAGAAUCACAGAGAUGACUGGUGACAAGCGUGCUGAUUAUGUCUCCAUCAACCCUGACAACGGUCGACUCAAUCUCUGGCACAACCGCUGCUGGCCCAACGGCUCAGGCGGCGGCGGAGACGACGGUGGUUCCGGAGGUGGUGAUGACGGCAAUGGAGGCGGCAGCGGAGAUGGUGACGGCGUUGUCUACAUUGACCCAACCAUCUGGAAAUCCAGCGAGCCGACCGCGAGUUGCCGUCCUCCUUGCACCCUUGUUCUUCCACCUUGGCCGCUCUCUUCCAAGACCACCAUCAGCUUCCCAGUCAUUACCGAAACUAUCAAGGAAACCUGGCCUGAAACUACCGACGGUGUCACUACAUAUCGCACAACCACGAUCACCGUCCGGAUCACACUGCCGCCAAUCACCACUACUCAGAUCGAGGUGUCCAACAUCAUUGUGAGCAAGUCUACCACAACAAUUGUGCCUGUACGGACCAGCAUCAUUCCGCCCCCAGUCACUUUAACAGAGCUCACCCACGGCAUCACUUACACAUACAGUCCGGGCCCUUAUCCGACCACCACCGAAGUUGGACCUCCGCCUGGUGAUAAUCCAGGCGACAUUCACGUCAUUGGUGGCGGUAGUGGCCCUGGACCUGUAUGCAAGUCUGGCUGCGGUCAUAUUUGCCUCAUUGGCUGUGGCUCAAGUGGAGGCGGAGGUGGAGGCGGUGGUGGUGGAUGUAUCGGCCUGGGAUGUCCUCCCGGAUCCAAGAACUGCGUCGGUGCUGGAUGUGGUGGAGGAGGUGGUGGUGACGAUGGCAACGAUGACGACGACGAUGAUGAUGACGAUGAUGACUGUGCCACCGAGACCAACACCGAGUGUCAUCAAGUUUGCACGACAAGUCCCUGCAAGACUGUUUGCAACACCUAUAUCGGCUGUGACUGCACAACCUCCAAGGUCACGGACUAUUGGGUGUCUUGCAAGUCCCAAUCAUGCACUACCACCUCUACCGAGGUCAUCACUGGUUGCUUCCUUACUGCAACUGCUACAACCACCGGCUCAUACUGCCCCUUGGCCACCGUCGAUGCAGAGAGAGAUGAGAAUGGCGAUGACAGCGGCAGCAGGAUAGGCACUGCCUACAAGACCACUUUCUCUCCUACUGCCAUUAUCAAGUCAACUCAGUACCGUGUCAAGAGUGGAUACGUGACGGUUGACAAGACCGCCUAUCCGGUUCCAUCUGCCACGUCAGUUAUCAAGACCAAGAUUGACGGCACAUCGGCUACCAUUAUCCCUUCCUUUGUUGGAACCACCAUCUCGAUCACGGUUUCAAACAUCAAGCUUUCCACCUCGGAUGAGCCCAAGGCCACAACAACGAUAGAACCUUCCAAGACAUCAACUGAUGCAGCAUACCCGACACACACGACCUUUACAGGUGAUGGCUACUGCUACUCGGGGAAGUCUGGCUUCCUCAAGUUCACACAGAGUCAAGCUCAGCAAGUGAUUGGGUCCUUCUGCUCCUCCAGCUACGUCCUCGAACCUGGCAACACUGUCGGUCAAGCCGAUGCCCUCGAAGCGGACGGCUACAACGUUGUGGUCUCGGCGAAGUGGGCAACUGAUCAGACGGGAUGCGGAACAAAGGAGGCUUUCCACUUUGCCGAUGACCAAUCAAACUUUGAGUCCUGCCUCAGGGCCUGGAACAUCCCCUUCUUCUGCACAGAUCCAGAUGCAACGUCUAGCUUUGGUGGAGCGUAUGUCUUUGAUCCUCCAAUAACCGGAGGCUGUCUUCUCUUGCGGUUGUAUGCGUAUAGCACGUCUUCUCUCAAGGCCAGGGAAAGCCUCAAGCUAGACAGCGGGCCUGUGGCGCCGGCUGCGAUGAACAUUACGCAUAUGGGAGAUGUUAAACACCGUGUGAACAAGGCAAAUGCUCGUCUGGUAUGGCCAACGUCCAAGAGUGAGGACGGGCAUCCCAGCUUGUUUAGUCCAGAGGAGGUUAAGAAGCUUGCGAGGGACACGACAAAGGAAACAUGA